UGAUAACAGAAAAGGCUUCCUGCGCUCCGCGCUGUCGGGCUGUCCUCAACCCCGAUCACUUGAAACUCAAAUAAGCAGGCGUGAAGAAGAAAAGCUGAGGAUCGCACAGUGUCCUAUCAGCGGCGGGAGCGGGGAAUAACACGAGACCUUUCCACCAUCACACCCUUUCAUAUGCUCUUUGCGCAUCGCAGAUCUUACCAAGUGCCCGUGUUCAACUACAGUGAAAGUUAACAUGAAUGUGCACGCUGUGAUACACGCGAGCCUUGGAUUUGUAGGUUUCUGCUUGGUCGCCUUUGUCCAACAGUCAGCUUCAGGAAGUAAGACCACUCAAGAUGUGGACGAGUGUGCAGAGGCUCUUGACAACUGCAGCAUCGAUGCCAUCUGCCAGAACACCCUGAGGUCAUACAAAUGUAUCUGCAAGUCAGGAUAUAAAGGAGACGGCAAACAUUGUGAAGAUGUUGACGAGUGUGCGACAGAGUACAACGGCGGCUGCGUCCACGAGUGCAUCAACAUCCCGGGAAAUUACAGGUGCACAUGCUAUGAUGGCUUCCGCUUGGCACAUGAUGGACACAAUUGCCUAGAUGUGGAUGAGUGCUCCGAAGGCAACGGCGGAUGCCAGCAGAUUUGUGUCAACAUGAUGGGCAGCUACGAGUGCCGCUGCAGAGAAGGAUUCCUCCUGAGUGACAACCAGCAUACGUGCAUCCAAAGGCCUAAAGUGCAACCAGACGGUCCAAAGGAGGGCCCCACCUGCAUGGACAAGAAUCAUGGCUGUGCUCACAUCUGCAGGGAAACACAGAAGGGUGGCAUCUCCUGUGAGUGCCGACCUGGAUUCACGCUCACCCGCAACAUGAAGGACUGCAAAUUGACUUGUAACUAUGGUAACGGUGGCUGCCAGCACAUCUGCGAGGAAACGGACCACGGCCCGAAGUGCUCGUGCCACAUGAAGUUCGUCCUGCACAGCGAUGGAAAGACUUGUGUAGGGGAGAGGAGUGUCCAGUCCCAGGCAGCCCCACAGCUCUUCCCCAAUGAGACCUGUGCCGUGAACAAUGGCGGCUGUGAUAGCACAUGUCAUGAUUCAGUGACAGGAGUCCGCUGCAGCUGUCCUGUUGGGUUCACUCUGCAGCCAGACCGAAAGACCUGCAAAGAUAUUGAUGAGUGCCGUCUGAACAACGGUGGCUGUGACCAUGUGUGUCGUAACACAGUGGGCAGCUUUGAAUGCAGCUGCAAGAAAGGCUACAAGCUGCUGACCAAUGAGAGAACUUGUCAAGACAUUGAUGAGUGCUCUUUUGACCGCGCCUGUGACCACUUUUGUGUCAACUCUGCCGGCAGUUUCCAGUGCCUCUGUCAUAAAGGCUACGUCCUGUACGGCCUGGCACACUGUGGAGAUAUUGAUGAAUGCAGUAUAAACCGUGGAGGCUGUAAAUAUGGCUGCAUAAACACUCUUGGGAGCUACGAGUGUACCUGCCCACCAGGUCACAAGCUGCACUGGAACAGGAAGGACUGUGUUGAGCUGGUGAAAUGUCCUCCUGGACUUGUAGCACCAAAAGCGACUCUUACCUGCAGCAAAACGGGGAAGAAGGAGAGCUGCUCGCUGACGUGUGCCUCUAAGGCUCACUAUCUAGCAGAGUCUGACAACAGCUACUCGGUCAGCUGUGGUAUCCCCAUCCUCAGAGGGAAGUCCCCUGCCAGGGUCAACUCCAGCAGCAGUCAGAGCUGCAUAGAGACUCUGGCCCCUCCAGUGAAGCAGACGGCUUCUUUCAAGAUUAAAAACGCCAAAUGUCACCUGCACCCAAAGCUGACCGGCAGGACGGAGGACAGAGGACGGACGCUUGGGCCAGGAGGCGGGCAGCCCUGCAAUAACUGCCUUGUGACGUUUGUUAACCUUAAAUGUGAUUCUUCAAAGAAAGCUAAAGGACGACGAGCUCGAAAUCCGUCAAACAAAGAGGUGACACGAAUAACUUUGGAGUUGGAAGCUGAGGUCAAACCUGGAGACACCACAGGCAGUUGUAAUCUCAGUUGCCUGCGACAGCGCAUGGAGAAGCAGGUGAAGACGUACAUCAAGGCUCUUAAAAAGUCAAUAAACCAGGAGCGCUUCCUGAUCCGGGUCGCUGGGUUAGAGUAUGAGGUGGCCCAAAAACUUCCACAGGCUGCUCCCACCCCAGAGAACUGUGGCCCAGGCUGGGAGAGGGAUGGUGGCCGAUGUGUCAGAUGCUCGCCGGGGUCUUACUACCAUGGCGAGCAGGAGCGCUGUGUUCAGUGUCCACCUGGCACUUUCCAGGAGAAGGAAGGGCAGCUGGCCUGUGAUCUCUGCCCAGGUACUGAUGGCCACGGGCCUGUGGGAGCACGGAACAUCUCCUCCUGUGCAGGUCAGUGUUCAACAGGAUACUUCUCCAGUGAUGGCUUCAAACCCUGCCAGCCGUGCCCCCAGGGCACCUACCAGCCAGAUUUGGGACGGACCCUGUGCUUCCCCUGUGGUGGAGGUCUGAGCACCAAGAGGGAAGGUGCCAGCUCCUUCCAUGACUGUGAGGUCAAAGUCCAGUGUUCUCCAGGUCAUUACUACAACACCACAGUACACCGGUGUAUUCGCUGCCCUGUGGGGACUUAUCAAACAGAGUUCAGGCAGAACUACUGUAUCUCCUGUCCUGGAAACACAACCACUGACUUUGACGGUGCCACGAGUGUCUCACAGUGCAAGAACAGGCAAUGUGGUGGUGAGAUGGGCGAAUUCAUGGGCUACAUUGAGUCACCUAACUAUCCCGGUAAUUAUCCUGCAAAUGUGGAGUGCAUCUGGAACAUCAAUCCACCCAGCAAGCGCAAAAUCCUGAUCGUGGUGCCAGAGAUUUUCCUGCCCUCAGAGGACGAGUGUGGAGAUGUGCUAGUCAUGAGGAAGAACUGGUCAGCCACAUCCAUCACCACCUACGAGACUUGUCAGACGUACGAGCGGCCCAUCGCCUUCACAGCUCGCUCAAGACGACUCUGGAUUAACUUCAAGUCCAAUGAGGCCAACAGCGCCCGAGGCUUUCAGAUCCCCUACGUUACCUAUGAUGAGGACUAUGAACAGCUGGUAGAGGACAUAGUGAGAGAUGGGAGACUGUAUGCUUCUGAAAACCAUCAAGAAAUCCUCAAGGAUAAAAAACUGAUUAAGACUCUUUUCGACGUGCUGGCUCACCCAAACAACUACUUUAAGUACACCACUCGGGAGUCCAACGAGAUGCUCCCUCGCUCCUUCAUCCGUCUCAUAAGCAGCAAAGUCUCUGCCUUCCUGCGACCUUACAAGUAAAGCUCCAACUUCUUCUGCUGAAGCACCGGAUUGUCACCCCCCCCCCUCCCCUGACAUCCCCCUCUGACACCCCCAUAUACCCUCCAGACCACAUCCCAAAACUCACAGGACUUCAAAAACAAUAAUACAUGUUUACCCUCUUGUAUUUUCCAUAGGUUUUAACAGUAUACACUAUGCAGACCUGAAGUACUGAAAAUCAAACGUGUUUUUUGUUAGUUUCCAUUCUGCAGGUCUGCAGUCCAGAGCUCAAACAUUUAGCGGGGAUGUAGAGUUUGUGAGUGGGUUUGGUUUCUGUCGCCUUGUGUAAUGAAACCACAAGAAAAUAAAACCUGUUUCAGGCGGUAGGAGGGAUGCUUUGUGUGUGCAGUUUGAGCCUGAUAGAGCUUGUUGUUGUAUUUGCUUAAAUGGGCAGUCUGACUCCUACCAUUAAGUAUGACUGUAUGUGUUGUGUAAGUGUUGUGUAACCCUGGUUCCAUCUUCAGCAUCUGUGUGCUGUCCUCGAGGAGGAGCAGUUGUUAGAUUCACAUCUCAGCUGCGUUCCACGUCAGUCAAAGCCUUACUAUAUUUGAGCUCUUAGAGCGUUUCCAGGGGUUUUACUGUUAAAACAGUUCAUCUACAUGUGUUUUGUUCCGUCUGUCUAGACUGUACCAGCGUUUUCCAACAUGCAGAUUAUUUCUGUUGCUUGCUCUUUUUUAUUAAAUCUAACAUAAAGCAAAUACAAAAAAGGACCAUAGUGGACAUUUGGGAGAUUAAUAACAAACUAAUAAUUGUGAGAGCCACAGAAAUGAGAUAAUGUGAUGUCUAGAGGAACACGUCUCUGAGAGAGAGAGAGAUAGAGAGAGAAAUGUCUGUAAGGGACAUUAUGUUUGCUGCUUCUUUUAAAAGGUCACUUUAAUUCUUCAAUCUCAUUGUCUUUCUGAUGUACUCUACACACUUAUUGUCUUUAGGUUUAAAGCAUUGGAAAUACUUCAGUUCUUAAACACAGUAAGUUAAUAUUCUCAUAUUGCCUGUCCACGGACAUCCAGUUUUAUCCUUUUUUAUUUCAAUCUUGUAAAUAAUGAAAAUAAAUUAGACGAGGGUUGAAUAUUGAUCCUAAUUUUCUUAAGCAGGACCCCCCCUAAACAAACAAAAAAUCCCUUUUUGCCCCAUUUUACUCCCGAAGAAACCUCCACCCCCCUUCAAACACCCCAAACACUCUGAUCUUGUUCUGUCCCAAUGAAGACAGCUCUUCCAAAGACCGCCCACAGAGGGCGGGUUGCUUUGUCUUGUGCACUAAAUAAGAACACGUCAUCCUACCUUUGUCAUACACAAAGUGCAAUGUCUGAAAAUAACACACCUUCAUUUUGGUUACACCCUUUUGUGGCCCACAAGGAAGUUGUGAAUUAAGUGAGUCAUUGCAUUAAGAUUGAAAAGUCACAAUGGGCAGAGAAUCUAAAGAGGAUUUAAUGUGUUGAAAAUAUUCUCUGAUUUAAAAACGCGAUCAAAACAGGGUAAAAAGAUAAAAGCAAUAUGCUUUAUGUGGGGGUCUGACAUAUAGUUAAAGGAAUAGUUCAACACUUUGGGAAACUUGUACAUUUCCUUUCUUAUUGCUAUAAAGAUCAAACUCAAUCAUGUCUUUGUGGUAAAUAAUGAAGCUAUGACCAUCAGUUAGCACAAAGACUAGAAACAGGUGGAAACAUCUAGCAUUGCUCUCUUAUGAACCAGUGGUUCCCAACUGGGACCCAAAGUGGGUUGCAGGGAUGCUUUUAGCAAGUUGUAUGCCUGGGAAAAAAAGCAAAUGUGAUCUAAAGUCUAUGUUGUACAGAAGCCCCAAGGGGACAUAUACCCAUAUAUUUUAUCAUACUCAUUUUUUCUGUGGUAACUGGUAAAUCUUGGUUGUUUUCUUGAGAUCUCAACCUAUUUAUCUGAUUAUCUUAGGAUAACAAAGGCUUUUUUCUCAAUGUUAAUUGCAAUGCAAUGCAACAUCAUUUAUCAUUAAAUACAUUUGAGUGGUUGGUUUUAGAAAUUUCAGUCAUAACUUCUUGUUUAUUUACUCUCAUUAAGGAGGUGGUGGUGGAUCCUGAGGCUAGUCCAGUGUCAUAAAAGUCUGCCAACCUGUACAUUUAAAGUUUCAAAAUAAACAAGUUAAAGCUUGUUUUGUUUUAACAGCAUGGAAAGUCAAUAAUGAAUCAAUGAAUUGCAGCUUUACAAGAGGUUAUGUGUUGCAUACUUAUUUAACUUCUCCUAAUAUAGCGAGGGGUCUGGCUGCAGACUGCAGAUCUCAGACAGGCCCCUUGCAGACCAGUACUGAGACACCACCUCUGUCAGACAAAUUUUCCAGUUUUUUUUUUUUUUUAAAUUCAACUUUUUUUCUAGACGAAGUCUGGUAAUUACAUACAUAAAAUCCCCUCAUUGCAAACAUUGCAGACAAAGCAACGUUUUAUAAAUACAACAGGAAAAAGGUCAGAGGUCUAAUACAGGACUAGAUUAUGUACAGAUGCGUUUUAGGAAUAGUCAAAUGAAGCUCGUUAGCUUUCUCAGCUUUAGCUUAGUCUAACAUAGCUAUGCUAGCUACGUAAUAAAUGUUACUACACAAGCCAAUGUAGCUACUUUAGCAGCUCAAGAUUUAGCAAGCAGAGCUUAAGUUAACUUAUCUACGUAGGUUUUUUAGCUUUAGCUACAUUAUCUAUGCAGCGCUUGUAGCUAACAUACUUCAUUAGCUUUAGCCUUUGCUGCAUUAGUGUUUUUAGAGGAGGACAAGCUUUUUCCUGUAAGCAGACUGUUUACUCGGCUUUUUAAAACAUUUUGUUAUCAGGUUUUGCAGGUCAGGAUCUUGACUUUUAACAUUUGGUAUCCUAAAUCUUACCUUAACCCUAACCGGAAGUUAAAUCCAACUGUGUUUUGAAGUUCUAGCGUGUGUAUCCAUCCUGACUGAGGUGGCUUCUCACAGGAAUGGUCUGCAGCCAGACUGUCUUGAAUAUAGCUGUGUUUAACUCAGUCUUUUGUUUUGGCAACCUCUUAGAGCUAGUGCAAGGAUAUCGAUAAAUAUUUCCCAAGAUGUGCGAGCUAUUCCUUUAGUCAUUCCCAUCCCCUAUUUGUACAAAUAUAAUCCCAUCCCCUAAACGUGUAUGUCCAACCAAGCUUCUGGUGUCUUUAUAAUUAAUAUUUUAAAUGCAAAUGUGUUUGUCCCCACUCUUGUAAAUACAAAUAAGUGGUUUGGUACACUUAUUACUGUGUACUGAACUACAUUUUAAAAAUCCAGACUUAAGGAUGACAUAAAAAAGGGAUUGUGACCAUGUUGUUGAAGUGGGUGAUGCUGGGCCAAACCACAAAGAUCUUCUACUAGACAAAGAUUUGUCUUUAUAAUUCGGUCCACCUUUGGCCACAGAUUAAGUUCAUGUAAUAUCAUCUUGAAUAAAAAGAGCACCUAAAGUGCUCACUACACCCACCAGACCCCCUCCCUCCAGAAUCAGCUUCUUUCCUGCAACCUGUUUUGAUUUUUUAUUAUUUUGAAUUGUUGCCUUUUAACGAGAGUUUGCUAUGAUGUAUCAUAGAGUUGAUAAUGAUAUUUGCACUUGAAUUGUUAUUGCUCAUGUAAAAAAAAAUGUCUGGAUUUUUGUAUUGUCUUUUUAAAUGAAUGGAAUUGGUGUUCUUA